AUGCAUAGGGCGAACCUUGCAGUAUGGGGCGACAUUAAGGGCGUUCACCGCAUCUUUCACGCCGCCUUCGCUUUCAAUAUCGCGAUCGACGUCUUGAUUACCAUCGCCAACACGUACUAUCUAUUGCGACCUAGGUCCGAAUAUCGCGACCUGACGUCGAUCCUAGACGUCAUACUUCUAUGGGUUAUUGGUACAGGCGCAUUGACUAGCGUCUUUGCGUUCAUCACGCUCGUCACGUGCAUCGUAUCGCCAGAUCGCCUCACCUACAUGGCUCUGGAAAUUUUCGUGGCCAAGCUCUACAUGAAUAGUUUGCUCGCGAUGCUCAAUACGCGCGAGAAGCUCCGAGCGAAAGCACCCAUGACGCUGAAUGUUAACACUUCCGUAACAGGCAGCACCGACCAGUCAGACACUUCGCAGCUCAGUGGCUCGACGGUGGCCGACAAAGAGAGCGCGCCAGUUGAGAGCGCCGCGCCAGCUCACGACCUUGAACGGGAUGCAGAGCAACGCUCUAACAUCUCCACGAAGUCACCUCACUCCGACGUCUCGGGCGAAUCGCGCGACACCAGGAUUCAAGGACAGAGAACGUCCAAGGUUCGGCCUCUCCCUGUGAUUCCGCCGCCACCUAGCUAUUGCUCAGCAGUCUGA